GCUCACCCCGAGCCGCCCCGCGGGGGCAGGCGGGCAGCGCCGGGCCGCGCCGCCCCUCUCCGCGCCGGGGCCCGCCCUCGCCGCGACCGGCAGGGCCGAGGCGGGAGCGGGCGGCCGCCACAUGAGCCCGGCGGGGCGGCGCCCCCGGGCCCGGCUGGGGCUGCUGGGGCAGCUCCUGCCCCUCCUCCUGGCGCUGCCCGGGGCCACCGGGGAGGUGCCGGCAGCAGGUAGAAACUGUAGCUUUUUGCAGGAAACAGAUGUCAUCCAGAAACGGGAUGAAAGCUGUUACUGCUAUAUGCAGAACAGAACCAUUCACUUACAGUAUGUUUGGUCGACUCUUCAGGUAAAAGUUAACAGCAGAGAAAUGUUCAGGUUUGAGCCCAUUUCAGAACAAAGCAACUGUCGUAAUUCAGAAACUGUCUUUGAGUUUGCUGCAUGUGCUGUUCAAGUCUUCUGGAAACCAGAGACAGCUACAGAAACCAGAGUAAGCGUAAAACAGUAUGGAGAGGAUAUUUGUUUCAAAAUACAGCCCAUGAAAACCGAACCGUACAUUGUCAGUGUGAAACGAGAAAUGCUAGAUGGAAAGCUCUUGUUUUUGUUUAUAGCUGGAAUUUUUCUGUUCCAUUUUGCAAGCAGCCUGAGCCGGAGUACCAAAUUCUUUUACCUUUCUGGAGUAAUACUGGGUGUUCUUGCUCUGCUAGUCUUUGUCCUGUUGAUACUUAAAAGGUUUAUUCCAAGGCACAGCACCUUCUGGAUCUUAAUGAGUGGCUGCUGGAUGUCCUCUCUCUAUUUUCUAUACUGCUUCAAAGAGAAUAUGCAGUGGUUGUGGGCUGAAAACAGAAACUACUUGUUGGGGUAUUUUCUGGCUGUUGGAAUGACCAGCUUUGCUGCUUGCUAUCAGCACGGACCUCCUACCACUGAUCUGAGCAUAUCCUUGUUUACAUGGACACUGCAGUUAACAGCCUUUGUCUUGAUUUAUUGUGGAGUCACCAUACCUCAAGUUGCAUAUGCAGUGAUAGCGGUCAGCCUCUGUUCAAAGGGCCUGUGUUACCCGCUGGGUGCUGCGUGUCACAUAGGCAGAAAAAUGAAGAACCACUUUAUAUCAAAAAAGUUAGUGUUUAAACACCUUACUGAAGAGGAGUAUCGAGAACAAGGUGAAACAGAAACUAUGAGAGCUCUGGAGGAGCUACGCUCAUUCUGCAGGAACCCUGAUUUCCCAUCAUGGUUAGCUGUAUCCAAACUCCACUCCCCACACAGGUUUGCAGACUUUGUUCUGGGAUCUCCCCACAUCUCACCUGCAGAAACAAGGGCGCACGAGGAGGAAUACGGCAUUGGGAGCUUCUUCCUGGAAGAGCAGCUGUUUGAGACAGGGACAGAAUCUGAGCAAGAUGAUCCAGCCAAUUCCACCCAUGAAGGAGAUGAGGACGACAAAGAUGAAACGCAUGAACAAAUUUCAUUUCCAUAUGCUACCGAGUUGCUCUGAGCUUUGGGAAAUAUCAGGAAGGAAAACACAUUCAUCCUAGAGAGGAAGGAUACAGAGUGAGAACUCAGGCUUGGUGAUUUCUUGUGGUUGCUGGUGGACACAGGGAUUUUCUAAAAACACUGUUCCCUAUAUCACUGAUGCUGCCUGAUCAGCGCAACAGAAGGAAACCCUAGAGGCUGUUUGAGUGAAGAGGAUUCUCAUGCUACUGGUACUUUAACCGGGGAAGUAAACAUUGCUUAUUCCCAAAGUGAGUACUGGCAGCAGCCUGUCCCAGCAGGAUGCCUUGUUGUGCCAAGGCUACUGCCUCUAGAAAACAUUCUCUCUUUUGGUCCUUUUCAUUGUCGAGUCCUCUGUGCUGAGCACUAGAGGGAGAAGCCAUUAUUAAUACUCUACUUUUACUAAGUACCCUAUGUGUCAACAAUUUUCAUAAUGCUGUUAAUGUGCUGAUAAACUUUUUAUGGUUUGUGAGACUUUUCAGUGCUAAAGAUGAAGAGAGAGUUAACACAGCUGAACGAGAUUUGUUUGCUCUUCUGGCUAGGCUUGCUGCACAUUAGCUUCAUUUUGCCUCUCCACAUGUGGUUUAAGCUCUCCUUACUCUUCAGAACCCUGCCUGACUUUUUAUCCUCUGCCUGUAUUGUUCUGUUCUUGGUCUCUGCUUUACUUACAUUGUACUUUGCUCUUUCCAUGCCUUUGCUUGUCACAGAACUCUCCUCCCCUCUUCAACAGGUCCCUCUGUGGAACCUUCCUUCAGUCCUUUCUUUCUCCAUCUGACACCUGCAGGUGAUUUAGGAGAGGAUUUCCAUCCCCAAUUGUAUAGUUACUGUUGCUUUCCGUUUCACUGUUGCCUUACCUCGGAUGGGUGCUGCUGUCCAUUCCAGGCCUCUCAAUGCCAUAGAAAAAACAACAAAGGCUGAGGCUGUUUUCAGCUGCUUGGAGGAACUGCUGUCAGCACAGCCGGCGUGAUGCCGUAACCAUGUAACUAGGAAUACAGAUAACCCACAUAGAGCUCCACUGUCCUCAAAAUACUCAGCAGUUUACUCAUUCAGUAAAAAGCAGAAAGUAAUUCCUGGCAAAACAAGGAGGGAAGGAUACCUGGCUUCUGCCUCCCCUUCUUCAGCCUUCAUUUUGGGACUGAACACAGAAGGUGUGUGGGGAGGAAAAGAAAAGGGAGAAAAAUUUAGACUGUCAAGUAUCUUUCAAGUUAGGUAUUUCACAAUCCUAGGCUAGGGAGUAGAUCAUGUCCCCUCAUUCACCCACCUGCAGAGGUCAUUUCCUUCUUUUGUUCUUUAAACUAUCUCUGUAUUCUUCUGUCCUCACCUCACUGUUUUACUUUACUGUCUUCCACACUGCAGAAAACAGAAGACCAUUAAUCUGUCACCAUCUGAUCUUCCAAACCCAAAAGGGGUUACCAGUGGUGGGAAGCAAGUCAGCUCUCCAGAAGGGCAUGUCCGACCAGGAUGUAUAUGCUUUAAAAGGGAUCUCUUUUCUUUGUACCAUGCCUGAUGAUGCAGCAUGACUUCAGUGGUGCAUGCACGACCAUGGUUUCUCAUUGUCCAUUGCUGGACAAGGGAGAAAAUCUGUUACCUCUAACAGUGCUGAGAGGUGCUGCUGUACCACAUUCCAGGAGCAACUCUGUCUAAAAGAGGAGACAGAUUUGGUGCUUGAAAGCCUUACAUGUCUCUUUCUCCUUUACAAUGAUUGAACUUCAUUUUAAGAGGAAGAGACACUUAACAGCCUUCUGUGCCAUAAAUUUAUAAAUACAUAUGCAAAUCUAUAGCAUGUUUAGCAGAGAGAAGCCCUUUCUAGCAGGUGAUCCAAAAUACUGUUAAGUCCACAACAUUCAAAACAGCAAGAGAGUUCUGAUGCGGAAGGCCACUAAGCAGGAAGAUUCACCUCUGAGAACCAAAUUCACAGCUAAUACCACCACGCUCUGGAAGCUGGGCUUGGCUUGGGGGGUUCUGUCACUAGCAGGAGACUGGCAGUGUUAGCUGUUGUGAAAAUGCAGGAAAGCCUCAUUAGCUGUGAUGGUUUGGGAGAACAAUGGAAACUCCCCCCAAACAAUGAUCUUUGUAGACUAAAGAUGUAUUUUACCUUUGCCUGUGUUACCACCAUGAACGUGAAGUACUUAAAAUUAUUACAGGUUAGUCAAAAAAGGUUAUCUGAAGAGAUGCCUAGUGGGUUUUGCAUGUUGUCAAGUACACAGGUUUAUUGCAGUGUACUCUGUAGUUAGCUAAGAACUCCCAUCCAUGUGAUUUGAGGCCGGGGGAAGAAUCAGAUUUGCCCUAGCUCAAACCCACAGUUUGUCUGGAUUUCCACUUCACUGAGGUAACAAUGAUUAUCCCUCCAUAAGUACAUAAUAUGUAUUUAUAUGUCCAAAUAAUACCUUAAGAGAAUACUUUACCUAAGCGGUAUGUUAAAUGUAAAAGCCCCUCAAAAUAGGCAAUUACGUUCUUCAGACACUGUUCCUUUUACUGAAUUAUUUAGGGCAAUACCAGCUACACCUACUCCAACACAGAAAAAACACCACUAACCAAAAACCCUCAAAUAAACCAACCAAAACCAACCCACGUUCUGUGUAGCUCUGAGGUCCAGCAUUUGCCAGGGAUGCGUGAACACUAUUCGAAGCAGAGCAGGAACCAACCAAGUACAUCCAAGGUAGGUGCAGCAACAUGAGAAAGACGAUGACUAGUUUAGUGGAUAGCUGGUACCGACAUUAACAAUGCUCCCAAGCCUGUUGCAACAUUGGAAGCACUUCCUAAACAAAACCCACCAAACCCAAGUGCUGUUAUUUGAGCCCUUUGCCAACAGUGAGUUUCCUUGCACAGUGCUCCUGUGAUAUAUGGAGAUAUCACACAGGUUUACUGAAACACAACUGUUAGGUGCUGUCCAGUGGUCACCCAGAAAAUCUGGGAACAGAAUCCCAAUGUUGAUCUAUUGCCUCAACUGUUAUAAAAGCCCUUCUUCCUUAACAAAGGAUGAGUUACAUGUAUCUUCUGUUUCAUGAUGUUUAAAAAAGUUAGGAUUUUAUAUUUAUUUUGUAUUCAUGGUACAACACACUCGAUACACUGUCUGUACUUUCAAGAUUUUUUUAAAUUAAAGUAUUUUUCAACUAUA